GGGACCACCAGACCCGGGCUGGAAGGACGGGUGCCCAAGACCCCUUCACCAUGCCAGAGGGAGCCCGCCGGGGCAGCAGCAAGAAAGCCGGUAAAGCAGCACCCCGGCCCUCGUCCGUCUCUUCGCUGGGCGGGAUCGGCUCCAACAUGGCGUCGGACCCCAUCCUGGGCAGCUGCACCUCUGUCAACACCGUCUGCUCAGACAGCGACCGGCCCGUCAGCCUCAGCUCCUCCGCCUCCUCCGCCUCCCUGCAAGAUGGCCAGAGCGCCUUUGGCGGCGGGGGCGGGCUUGGGGGCUGCCCCGCCUCAUACCCGGCCCAGAACGGCAGCGACAUCAGCCUAGACCUCACGCCGCUGACCCUGCUGGACGGCCCGGGGGAGGCCCGGAGGGGUCCCAAGCCCUGCGGCUGGGCCGCGAACCCGGGGCGGAGCAAGGAGCGGCGGGCGAAGCUGUCACACCUGGAGCGGGUGGUGCUGGAGAUCGUGGAGACCGAGCGGGCCUACGUGAGGGACCUGCGGAGCAUCGUGGAGGAUUACCUGGGAUGCAUCAUCGACUGUGGACAUCUGCCACUCAAGCCGGAACAGGUGAAUACUCUUUUCUGCAACAUCGAGGACAUUUAUGAGUUCAACAGUGAGCUGCUGGAGGAUUUGGAGAGGGACACCAGCGCGUCCGCUAUCGCAGAAUGUUUUGUGCAAAGGAGUGAAGAAUUCGACAUCUACACCUUGUACUGCAUGAACUACCCCAACUCUGUCUCCGUCCUGCGGGAGUGCAUGGCGGACGACUCCCUGGCCCGGUUCUUCCGCGAGAGGCAAGCCACUCUCUCGCACUCGCUGCCGCUGGAGACCUACCUCCUCAAGCCAGUCCAGCGGAUCCUCAAGUACCAUCUCCUCCUACAGGAGCUGGCGAAACAUUACGAGAAAAGCAGCCCCGGUUACGAGGCCGUGGAGGAAGCCAGCAUCACCAUGACCGCCGUGGCUUGGUACAUCAACGACAUGAAGCGCAAGCAAGAGCACGCCACACGGCUAAAGGAGAUCCAGGGGCUGCUGGUGGGCUGGACGGGCCCGGACCUGGAGGCCUUUGGGGAGCUGGUGCUGGAGGGGCAGUUCCGGGUGCCGCGGGCCCGCAAGGAGCGCGUCUUCUUCCUCCUCAGCAAGGUGAUCCUGAUCACAAAGCGGCGCGGCGAAGGCUUCGUCUACAAGAGCCACAUCUUCUGCUGCAACCUGUCCCUUCAGGAGAACACGAAGGACCCGCUCAGCUUCCGGAUCUCUGACCUCUUCAUCCCCAAACAACAGCACCUGGUCCAGGUGAAAAACCAAGAAGAGAAACGGCUCUGGAUCCACUACCUGAAGCGACUGAUCGUGGAGAACCAUCCGGCGUCCAUUCCUCAGAAGGCAAAGCAAGUCCUGCUGGAGAACAGCUUCCAGAGGAAGUGUUUUAAUUCCCCAGAGAUCUUCGCGGACACGCCGAGGAAGCCGCUGCCUUCCCCUCGGCCGGACGAGUCCAAGGGCUGCACCCGCGGCAGGCGGCAGUCAGAGCCGCCCGAAUACAUGUAUAGUCCCGAGAGAGCUCGGCGUAGCUGCCCCAUCCUUCUGCUGGAGAAGAGUGGAUCCUAUCGCCGUGGGCGCAGGCAAUCGGAACCAGCGAAGGAGUCCGGAGGAUCGUUUCAUCGAGCGAACAUGACUGAGUUAAAGCACGCCGACAGCGACGGAGAGCUCUUCCCGGCCGCCGAGCCCGGCCGCCCCUCCGGGAGUCCCUGCACUCUGGCAUCCAGCGUGAUGGAGGCUGAGCCGGGGGAUUCGGACCCGGAGGAAGGAGAGGGGGAGUUCUCUCUCCCCGAAGAGCCCGUCCCUGCCAACCUGUCCAUCACAGAGGAGAUCCUGGAGCUGCUAAGCCAGCGGGGCCUGGACAAGGAAUCGGGGACUCUUCUGGGACCGGCGAACCUGGAGGUGUCCAGCGCGGGUGCACAGGAUCAACCCCUCCAGAACGAUGCCCUGGAAGAACUGGAGGAGGAGGAGGAGAAGGAGCCGGACGCCCAGGAAGGUGUGCCCUUCGAGCCCCUCGGCGCCCCGUCCCAAAGCGACUCCCUCCAGGAACGGGCCCCUCCGGUGCUCGGCCACUCCUUCGCCAGCGACUCCUCUGAAGGAGAGGAGGAGCAGCAGCGGGAUGAGGAGAACGGCCCGUCUCCCCUUCACGUCUUGGAGGAGCUGGCCUCAGAAGAAGUCUGCAGCAAGCCGGAAGAUGCCGACGGCGCUGUCUUCUCCGAGCAGGAGGCAAUGGACGGGGAGCACCCGCCACAGGGGGGUGGAGACGGAGCCAACCGGCCGACCCCGUGCCCCCAGAGCUCAUCGGUUGGCUUGGACAAAGAGGAGAAAGGGGCCAAGCGAGAGUCUACACUAAGCAAAGACGACUGGCUGCUGAUCGAGAAGAUCAAGAGUUAUUACGAGGGAGCAGAGGCACUGACGAAGGCGCCCGGACCGGGCAAGAAAGAGUGCACCCCUGCUGUGCCCACCGGCGUGGUGCGGGAGUCCGUCCUUCGAUUCAACAGCAUCUUAAGCCAAAAUGAUGCCCAGGAUGGCAGAGUGGGCAGGGCCAAAUCCCGGAAGCCCCGCCCACCCCCCAGCGCCUCCAAUCAUGAUCAUUCCGUCAGGAGCAGGAGCCAAUCAUGUAGCACACAAAUGCCUUCCUGCCACGAGGAUUCCGAGGAAGGGCAGAGCCAGCUGGCCCCGAAUCUGGAACAUUCCAAAAGAGGGCGGAGCCAGUCUGAUGGCGCCCAAUCACCAGACGGGAUGGAGCUUUCCCAUAGCAGAGAAUCCCCGUUGCUGCAUAGCGGCGGUAAGAAUUCCGAGGAGGGGCAGAACUCAUCUACGGGCAUCCGAUCGAAUGACACCCCUAACGAUGCGGGCCAAGAAAGGAACCGUCACAGGUCCAAAAGUGGGAGUGGCUUAGAGGAGGAGGUGGAGCCCGAGUUCAAGUCCUGCGCAGAGAUCCGGAAAGCCUGGCAGGAAAAAGAACGCAGCAUCCUCGACACCCCGAAGAAAGGUGCCAAAACAGGCAGCAGAGAAUUGUAUUGCCCCCAAGAGACUCCGGUGUACGUAGAAGCUUUGCGCAUUGUGGAGGAUUCCGACCUGGAGGACCCCCCAUCAGUUCCAAGCAGAAAUCCGGAACACGGAACGCACGGCGGAGCGGCCGAGAGGAGGCCGGUGACCGCGGUGGCUGAUGGAUCUUCCGGCUACCUCCCGUCGCUGGACAUCUACGAGAACGGGGACCCGUGUCUCUUGGAGAACUCGGAACGGAUCAUCAACAAAGUCCAUGCCUUGGCUAAGAUGUACAGCGAGAAGAUCAGCAGAAUGAAAGCUCAGAAGAAGGGGCUGGAGGAGCCGAGGGGGCGGCCCGGGGCUCCCCCAAGAAGGGCCGCCGCCAGAAACCUGGCCGGGGUGCAGGACGGGAGGACGGGAGCCAGCAUCCCCCACUGCGAGCCACGGAUCUACGGCCACAUCCUCAUCCACGAAUCCCUCCAGCACGUGAUCGGCGUCCAAGAGAAUAUUCCUCUCGUGGCCGCCACCCGGGGAAACGCUCUCGACCUGCGUAGCGAGAGGCCCCACCCGCUCCUUUCUCCAGAUCUCCUGGGGCCACUGCGGCAGGCAUCACUGUAUCCCGAUUCCCACAACGGCUGCGUUGGGUCAAAUGACUUGUCGCACGUUGGCAGUGAGCAAAUUCCCGCCGCUGAUGAAGAUAGAGGAUGCCCAGGAGCAGAUUCUUCUACUCUCGCAUGCAAUGAGGAAUCUGGGAUCCCAGCAGAUCCCACCGAGGAGGACUCCAAUGUGGGUGGCCCUCCACCACACCCCAAACCCCUGGACAAGGCAACCGUUGCGGUCACAAAGGCAGAGGAAUCUGUGGGUACAUCAGAGCCAGACAAAGAGAUGGGGGAGGCCAAGCGGUCAUCUGGGGCUCCUAAGAUCCAGCCAGGGGUCGCCAUGGAAACUGUAAAGUCCAGCCUCCCCCUAGAAUCCCAGCAGAGCCACAGCGACUUGAAGGCAGGAGAUUCGGCCGUCUUCUCUCGCCCCACAGAGGAACUAAAGUCCACGUUAUCUGAUUCCUCAGCUGUAUGCGCGGGGGAGCACGGCUUGCCACUGAUGCAGGAAUCGAGUCAUUCCCUCCUGGGCCAUGGGCCGAGGCAACCGUCCGAGAUCAUAUGGGAGAAAAGGGGGCCCAGCCCUUCCCUGGAGACAGUUGACUGCAAAGAAAGGGAUGAACGGAUGCUGGGUACGAGUGAGGAUGACUCCAAAACUGCAUCAGGGACCUGCACCCAGGAAACCCCAACUUCUACCCCUAGCCCUCUCCCCAAUGCUUCCAAAACCACAAUCCCCCUACCACUUCUCUCCUCCGGAAGUGUGGGGGCUUCAUUGCCCAGUAACGGCUCGCCCCCGUCAACUCCCAGGGUGGGAACCCCUAUUCGGGAGCCCCCGCACCCAACACGUGGUGAUUCCCAGGCUGCGGUGGAGUCCCCGGUCUCCGCCCCAGAGCCACAUCCAUCCACGCCUCUCCCAAAGCUGCUCCCCCCUUCCCCGGUCCGCCGGUGCCUGUCGUCGAGCGCUGCUGCCAUCUCUCGGUACAUCGCCGCUUCCUGCAUCAGCCAGAGCUUGGCCAGGAGAAACGGCCCCCCUCAGCCCGAGGAGCUGCAGGCCCCUUGUCGGCCUCUUCCACCCGCCCAGGCCCCGCCAAGACCAAAAGUGAACCCUCUGGCUCUUCUCCCCAAAGGGGCACCCAGAGCCCCUGGCAGCUUGGGGAGGGCAGAGGCCUGGUCUCCACGAGAUGCCGCUCAGGCUGGUAGUGCCCCCCGCUGCUUCAGCCCGGGGCCUUCGUCGCCCAGUCGCCAACGGGCCUGGUCGGCGGCAGGCCCGGUCUUCGAGCACCGUACUCCAUUCUCUUCUGCCUCAGAGCCCAACUCCCGGGUCCAGUCGCCCUCCCCCGUGAAGAUCAGGGUCUGCUCCCCGCCUCCAUCUGGGUCCCAGGGCUGCACUUUCACCCCUCUGUAUGCCCACCCUCCUGGGCAGCCGCCUACCCACAUUGCCUCACCGGUGCCCCAGACAGCGACCCCUGCCCCGGGGCCAUCUGUUUUACCUCAGUGUGGCUGGAGGCCUCGAGGAAACAGCCUACCCACCGGUGGGCCAGCCGAGAGCAUGGCCACAAGCGGGGACCGGGCUCCCGGCCCGCUGACUGGCGCUCCCCUCAAUUCUCACGAACUCGGCAGCAUCAAGUGGCCGAACGUGCCGGGCCUGCGUUCGAAGUACGGGAGCGCUGAACGCAGGCUGAGCCCCCAGCGGAAGGAAGCUGAGGGGGACGGUUGUCCCAGACUGGACACCCCUGGAACCACGGACGUGGCUCAGUGCUCAGAGAAGAGUCACCAAAGGGCCAGCUAUUCUACGACGGUCAACAUCCAGAUUGGCGGCAGUGGGAGGAUAGCCUCUUUUAGCAAAGCCCAGGUCAGUCUGACCCACCCUCUUCUCCCCACGCCAGAGCAGCCAAGCAUCAGGAAGGUCAACGGCAACGCUUUGGAGAUGCCGCAGAAAACGUGA